GUACAAAUGAAACUUGUGACUGAGUCGUAUGUUUUAUUACGCGUCGUACACCUCCCCCUAGUCAUCACCAAACUUAGAUCUCACCAAUGUCAGACAAGCGGAGAGCAGAGAUCGAGGCUAAACGUGCAAAACUCGCUGAGCUUCGGAAAGCCAGGGCAGACCGUCAACGAGCAGAAACCGAGCGACGGCAGGCAGAACCCGGUCCGUCUAGCGGAGCCCGCCGCGACGUUGAUGACCUCGUCAACCAACUCGUCGGGAGCCGCAGUGGCCUAGACACAGGCGGGGACAUCACCCCUUCCUCAUCCCUCCCCAACACUCCACCCCGACCGUCUACAAAUUUACUCCACGGCUCGGCUCUCUCACCGUCCGGCAGGGUGAGCAGGCAGAGCGAUGUCGGAAGCGAUAAAGAUAGAGUGAGUAUGGGUACGACUAUGGUGGGGAUGAUGGAGCAUGUCGAUAGGGUGUUGACCCCGAGGUUCAUACCAGACCUUAUAGAUGUCGAGCAGGAGCUGUUCGAGCUUCCGCAACGCGAACGCGUCAUCUACAACAAAGAAGUGCAAACGACAGCCAUAGAAACUGAAACGCCCCGAGUAUCAGAGGAUGAGAUACGACAACAGAUCAUGCUCGAACGGGAGUUGGAGGCGGAGAGGAUUGCCCAGGACAAGGAGCUUGAGGAGGAGAGUGUGCAGCUUGAGAAGGAGAUUGAGCAGGAGAUUCGAGAACUUACCGAAGAGGAACGCUCACAUAUACUCAGUGCACCUGAGUUCCUGGACUUUGUGGAACAAUCGUCAAAGAUCGUACAGCGCGCGUUGAACGAUGGAUAUGAUUACAUUCGUGAUUAUACUAUAGGCACGGAGGCAAAUGGGGAUGACUCGGAGGGAAAGCGCGUCAAGCGUAUUUGUGCAUUCUAUGAUGAACGCUACGGCAAGAAUCGAUCGAUUACAGAUAUUGAUUGGUCGCCCAAGUACCCGGAGUUGAGCGUAGCGUCGUAUAACAAGAACCCUGCUGCAUUGAACGAGCCGGAUGGGAUUGUUGCAGUAUGGAACCUUCACCUACUCGACAGACCCGAGUUUGUGUUCCAUUCACAGUCUGAUGUCCUCUCUGUCACAUUUUCCCCGUUCCAUUCAAACUUGGUGUUUGGUGGCACGUACUCGGGGCAGAUUCUACUGUGGGAUACGCGAUCGAAACACCUACCUGUGCUCAAGACACCCCUCUCAGCUGCUGGACAUACACACCCUGUGUACGCGAUGCAAAUGGUGGGCACUCAGAACGCACACAACUUGAUCACUAGCAGCACAGAUGGCACCGUGUGUAGUUGGCUUGUUGACAUGCUCGCCCAACCACAAGAAACUCUAGAGCUUAUUCACGCAGGCCACAAUAAAACAGGCGAAGUGGCCAUCACAACACUAGACUUCCCGGACAAUGAAACGACCACGUUUUGGGUCGGCACCGAAGAAGGCAAUGUCUAUCAAGCCAACCGGUACGACCGCGCGGGUGCAAAAGCCGGAUUAAAUCAGUAUGAUAUUUAUAAGGGACACGCGGGGCCUGUCAUGGGGCUGCAUUUCCAUCCUCUUGUGGGACCUGUAGACUUCUCCGAUCUAUUCCUGACGGCAAGUGUGGAUUGGACGGUGAAGCUUUGGCGUGCAAAAUCACUUGCGAAACCGUCGACUGCCGCGCAUGCUAUUUCUCCUAUCUACUCCUUUGACGAGGCGGAUGAUUAUGUGUAUGAUGUGAAGUGGCAUCCAGCGCAUCCUGCACUGUUUGGAACGGUUGAUGGGUCUGGGAGAUUUGAUGUUUGGAAUCUGAAUACGGAUACGGAAGUACCAAUCGUCUCCACGAAUGUCGGGUCCGGUCGAGCUAUUAACAAGUUGCAAUGGGACAGAAAAGACGGACGGCGGGCCGCACUCGGAGGGAGCGACGGGAAGUUGUAUGUCUAUGAUAUCGGUGACAUGGCGCUUCCACGUGAAUCUGAGUGGACGGAUCUCCAGAAGACGGUGGCGGGUUUUAUUGGGGGUUCACAGGGAAACGGAGUGGUAGACGGAGAUGCUACGCGGAUCGUUGCUGGGCGGUGAUCGCUUUCCUCCCCGUAGUUGUUGUUCCGUGAAGUUGAUUGUUCUGUUUUACUACUCGUAUGAUACUUUUCCGUGAUUCUCUAGUCUUCAGAUGCUCAAGUACGGAAUUAGAGUGGGUUACACGGAACAG